GCUCAGCCCGGUCCCUUCCCGGCCACCCACGUUGCCUUCUACGUCGGGACCCAUGCAAGUGGGGGGGGCUCUGCAGCCCAGUGGAGGAGCGCUCACGUCGGUGACGAGAAGGGCUCCGUUUCUAUUGUGGUCGUCUGGGACACCAAAUCACCCGCUGUCCGGCUCGGCCGAAGCGCCCCGACGUUGGUAUCUCGACGCCGGAAUUCUGCAUCCUCAUCGGCACUUCAGCUAGUCUGACAUCGGGUCAUCACCUGGAGUCUAAUGACCAGACGGAGAGGAUAAAUCAGGAGUUGGAGACCGGUCUUCGAUGUCUGGCCUCCAGGGACCAGAGCACGUGGAGCCAGCACAUCAAGUGGGUGGAGUAUGCCCACAAUUCUCUACCCUCAACAGGUAUGGCUCCACUUCAUGUCGUGCAUGGCUAUCCACCGUCCCUGUUUCCUCCACUGGCUAUAGACUCCGCAGUCCCGUCGGCCCUGACCGUGGUGCGACGCUGCAAACGGACCUGGGAAGCAGCUGCGCAUGAGCAGCGCCUACAAGUCCGCAGCGGACCGCAAGAGGAGAAGAAGACCAGAGCUCAGGGUGGGACAGCGAGUGUGGCUCUCCACCAAAGAUCUCCCCCUGGGGACGGAAUCCCGCAAACUUGCUCCCAGGUUCGUUGGCCCGUUCCCAAGAUCAUUAACCCGGUCGCCGUCUCGCUGAAACUGCCCAGGUCGAUGAGGGUGCACCCUACGUUCCACGUCAGCAGACUUCGCCCGAAUCGCACUUCGUCGCUGGUUCCUCCGGUCAAGUCCCUCCCCCACCAUGGUGGACGGUGGGCCGGUGUAUACUGUGCGCCGGCUGCUGUCUUCCCGCCGCAGAGGAAGGGGGGGUUCAGUACCUGGUGGACUGGGAGGGAUAUGGCCCGGAGGAGCUCUCCUGGAUCCCCUCCCGCUUCGUCGUGGACCGCUCCCUCAUCAGGGACUUUCACGUGGCUCAUCCUGAUGCUCCUGGGCCGUCCAGAGCCGGCCGUUGAAGUGGGGGUGGGGGGGGGUACUGACCAGGACAACUUGUUGUGA